AUGGGUCUCUGUUGGAUAUUACGAGGCCUGAAACGGCAACAACAAUUAACGGAUCGUAGAUCGCGAUGGUUGAAAGAGAAGUAUCUUCAGCUUUAUUUCGAAGAUGGAUGUAUCGAGCCAAUGACAGCCGAUGCUAUCAGGGCUUUUGGCGGUCGCGAUUGGUCCACGACUGAGAGUAUCGGCACGCUUUCGCCGACGAGUAGCAGCGCACUUCGCAAACGAAACGUUAAGGGGAAGAAAACGAAAUCUAUCGGCAAUAUUCACGCGUUAACAAAGGAUUUAAGCCUAAAACAAUAUGAUUCGUCGUCCUCGGAUGGAGGGUUGUCGACGGUCCCCUCCCGGCACAUGACCGGCAGCAGAGAAUCCUUGACGAGAAUCAUACCAGCAUCUCCACGGUCUAGCAGAGAUCGAGUUCCUCCACGCAGUCCUCCCGGCUCCGCCGAACGAAUUAUUAGCUCCAACUUGCCUUACUCCAGCUUUCAG